CGGGGUUUAGAGGUGGGCGCGUCAGCCGAGAAUGGUUUCUCUCUGCGGCUUGGUACGGGAGAGAGUGGAGAGUGACUGCAAUGGGACUGGUUCAUAAUGAAAAAACAUUGGCCCAACUAGUGAGGGAAAGUUCCGGAUUGGUUUCCCCAUGAAAAUUUUGUAUGCCCUUUAAUAUAAAUGUGUUGUUGUUUUGUUUCUGAGGUGAUGGUGGAGGUUGGGGAGCGGGAUGUCCCCGGGCCGCUGCCUCGGGGCCGGAUGCUGAUGCUGACCCACUGAGGAGUUUGGGACUGUGUCCGGCCUCAGGCCAUCUUCUGAGUGGAGAGCAAGUUGGCAUCAGAACAGAAAGCAGAGAGUAGGCGUUAAGUAUAGCUACUCAGACUGUCAAAAGAUCUUUUCAUGUCUCCAGUGGUGACAGGAAUGGAUGUGACCAGCCGAUGUACAGCUGGCGAUCCAAACCGGCUUCCUGAAGGCCUGCCUCAACCUGCGCGCAUGCAUUAUGUCUCGGACAAACACCCCCGACUCACUCUGGAUGCCAUCAACCAACUGAGGAGAAACCAGGGUCUAUGUGACGUUGUGCUUGUUGUUGGGCUAAAGAAAAUCUAUGCCCAUCGAGUGGUGCUUGCAGCCUGCAGCCCAUAUUUCCAUGCAAUGUUCACCAGUGAACUUGCAGAAAGUAGACAGACAGAAGUUCUGAUUAGGGACAUUGACGAACAUGCCAUGGAAUUACUCAUUGAAUUUGCAUACACGUCCCAGAUUAUUGUGGAGGAGAGCAAUGUCCAGACACUGCUGCCAGCUGCUUGCUUGUUGCAGCUGAUUGAGAUCCAGGAAACCUGCUGUGAGUUUUUAAAGCGACAGCUUGAUCCUUCCAAUUGUUUGGGAAUCCGGGCAUUUGCUGACACUCAUGCUUGUCGGGAAUUGCUACGGGUGGCAGAUAAAUUUACACAACACAACUUUCAAGAGGUAAUGGAGAGUGAGGAGUUCAUGCUGCUGCCAGCAAACCAGAUGAUUGAUAUAAUUUCCAGUGACGAGUUGAAUGUGCGAAGUGAGGAGCAGGUGUAUAGUGCUGUUGUAUCGUGGGUCAAGUACAAUAUUCCGGAGAGGAGAGGACAACUUGCACAGGUCUUGCAACAUGUUCGUUUGCCACUGUUGAGCCCUAAAUUCCUGGUUGGCACAGUUGGAACUGACUCUUUGAUCAAAAGUGAUGAAAUGUGCAGAGAUCUCUUGGAUGAGGCAAAAAAUUAUCUCCUUUUGCCACAGGAGAGACCUCUAAUGCAGGGUCCCCGAACACGACCACGCAAGCCCAUCCGAUGUGGGGAGGUGCUUUUUGCUGUUGGUGGUUGGUGCAGUGGUGAUGCAAUCUCUAGUGUAGAACGCUAUGACCCUCAAGCACAUGAAUGGCGGAUGAUGGCAUCGAUGUCCAAACGCAGAUGUGGUGUUGGUGUAGCAGUUCUUGAUGACCUUUUGUAUGCAGUUGGGGGUCAUGAUGGGUCUUCCUACCUGAACAGUGUUGAAAGGUAUGACCCGAAGACAAAUCAAUGGAGUAGUGACGUAGCACCGACCAGCACAUGCAGAACCAGUGUGGGGGUAGCAGUGCUGGGAGGGUACCUGUAUGCUGUUGGAGGACAGGAUGGAGUGUCCUGCCUUAACAUUGUCGAAAGGUUUGAUCCUAAGGAAAAUAAGUGGAUGAGAGUAGCCCCGAUGAGCACUCGGCGCCUCGGGGUAGCUGUGGCAGUCCUUGGUGGACAUCUCUAUGCUAUCGGGGGCUCUGAUGGAACAUCUCCACUAAAUACAGUUGAACGCUUCAUUCCUCAGGAGAAUCGCUGGUCUCCUUGUUCACCCAUGGGGACGAGACGAAAGCAUCUUGGCUGUGCUGUGUUCCAGGACAUGAUCUAUGCAGUUGGAGGACGCGAUGACACAACUGAGCUCAGCAGUGCCGAGCGAUACAACCUUAGAGCCAAUCAGUGGUCUCCAGUGGUUGCUAUGACUUCCAGACGGAGUGGCGUUGGUCUAGCUGUUGUAAAUGGACUUUUGAUGGCAGUUGGAGGUUUUGAUGGUACAACUUACUUAAAAACUGUUGAGGUGUUUGAUCCUGAUGCAAAUACUUGGAGGCUCUUUGGAAGUAUGAAUUACAGACGCCUUGGAGGUGGGGUUGGUGUGGUGAAGAUGACACAAUGCGAGUCUCACAUUUGGUGAAUUUCAGUGAUGCAGUGUGUUGUCCUGUGUGGUUAACCCAUUUACAAUGACAUUGAAUUGCCAGCUUUUUUUAAUCAUACCAAAUAGCAUUUGAAGCAGAAUGCAGAAGAGCACCUUCUAUAAUAAGUGCAUUAUAUAUCUAGCAACCUUUGUGCAUUAAAAAACCAUUUACAGAAAUUUUGCAAGAAAUGCAACUAAGUUGGGAUGAUAAAUUAUGAGCUAAUAGGAACAUAUUGGAGCCAUCUUAUCAAAAUAAAACCUUGCUGCCUUAUAAAUAGUGCUGAUUAAAUAGAUCCAGAUGAGGAAGUUUUUUUAAAAAAGUAAAUUUAUUCUGGCACCUGUGUAGCAAUGUUAAAUCUGUGCCAAUACUAUUUAAUUUCUUUCACUUCAAGUUGCAAGUGUAUGAAACAUAGCCUCCCCUAUAAGUUCAGGGUAAACAGAUAAACACGGAAAAUAGUCUGUUAACUGAAGCUGAAUGGUCUCAUUCCUACAUUCUCAGAUUGUAAUUUAAGUUGACUACCCUAUUACAAGAGUAUGAGUAUAGACAUUUGACUUGGGUCAAAGCCAUAGCAGGGAGCAUGGUGUGGAUUUUUAUUAAAUAGCCAAAACCAGCUUGAAUAUUGUGCGUGGAUCCUGCCUCAAGUAGAAUUGGAGCGAUGGGGUGCAAACGGAAGAUGCUUAGCAAGUUUGUCACAAGUUAAAUGGCUUGGUGGAUCUAUGAAACUUGUCUUUUAAGAUUGCUAGACUUUGUAUUAAGUGUGAAGGAGUAAGUUUUAAAAUGCUCUGCAAAGUUCCAAUUUAAAACAGUUUCUUCCCUUAUGAGAUAUAAUCUGCAUUUAUUUGAUGUAGCAAUUAAAAUCCCACUUGUGGGGGGAAAAUUUAAGGGCAGGUCAAAUGUUUUCUUUGUACAAAGUUGACCAAAACUUGUGUAAAUUGCUUUCAAAAUUAUUUGUUUGAAGGAUUGUAUAGACGCUAAGAGCAGUCACUUGUCAUUUUGCAUCUACAUAAUCUGUCACAGGUUUAAAUACACGUUAAGUUUAGCCUCCAUUACAAUGUCGGAUGAGCUACAGAAUGAGUUAAGGGUGCAUUUUUAGUCAAGUUACACUGCAAAUACUUAACCUGCUAGAUGCCAUCAACAUGCUUUAAGAUAACUGAAGAGAGUCAGAAGUCAAAAAUAAUUACAAGUUCUUUUCAUUGCUGUGGAGCCAAGCACUACAGGAUAGCACUAAGAUACCAUUGAAGUGUUUUAGUUCAAAAUAUGAAUUGCUGCUUUCUUUGGGUAACCUGGUUGAAGAUAGCUAGUUGACUUAGUGAAUUUGUAACAAAAAAAUUAACUGGAAAUUUCUCCACACCACCUCCAAGUGGCCAGCCCGUUUGUGUACUUUAUUUCCAGCAAUUCUACUUUGAAGGGGGCUAGAUGGAAGGUAAACUGUUAGAAACUUCUAUUAGGAAUAAAUCUUAGUUCUUCACCUUCCAAGAAGAAUCCUGCAUCAAGUUCACUUCUCAAUGCACAUGCUGUUGUUGCAUUAGUGGGUUCUUAAAAUUAGACUGUACCAACCCUCAAACUUGCCCGAUUAAAUGUAAUUGUAAAAAUAUGUUCUUGCUAUUCAAGAUUUUUAAUAGAUUAUAUUCACUUUGUACAGUAUUUAAAUAAAGUUCAGUUCAAAAUGCUUAUUUCUGAA